UAAAAUUGUUAUCAACUGGCAACGCCGUAGAGCUGUAUUGUUCAUAUAAGUAAAAAAAAAUAAAUAAAUAAAAAGAUAAACUAAGUCACGCCGACGUUUAGAUGACCACAAUAUCCUUAUCCACAUGUCACUGCCGCGCAUCACGGACUAUGAAAUACUCGAGAAACUUGGAGCAGGAAGCUAUGCCACAGUCUUUAAGGCUCGUCACAAAAAGCAGCGAACUUAUCACGCUAUCAAGUAUGUGGAAAUGUCAAGCUUAUCGCAGUCCUCGAGGGAGAAUUUAAUAACUGAAAUUCGUUUGCUGCGCGAUCUCAAGCACAAAUACAUUGUAACACUUCAGGAUUUCUUCUGGGAUGACAAGAAUAUCUAUAUAGUGCUCGAGUAUUGCAACGCUGGAAAUUUAUCUGCUUUUAUACGCACCAAAAAGGCCUUACCGGAGUCGACGUGUCGUUAUUUUUUACGACAACUGGCGGCUGCCGUCCAGUAUAUGCGAUCCAAUGAAGUCUCCCAUUUCGAUCUCAAGCCGCAGAAUUUGCUACUCACACGAGGAGCUAAUAAUGUGUCCCUAAAAGUUGCUGAUUUUGGCUUUGCCCAGCACUUGAAAUUGGGUGAAAUCAAUCAACAGUUGAAGGGAUCCCCAUUGUAUAUGGCACCGGAAAUUGUACGCAAACAUCAGUAUGAUGCAAAAGCAGAUCUAUGGAGUAUCGGGGUCAUCUUGUAUGAGUGCCUAUUCGGCAAAGCUCCGUAUAGCUCACGAACCAUUGAUGAGCUCUUAUUGCGUAUACGGAAUGCUGAACCAAUAACACUGCCACCAAAUGCUCGUAUUAGUAACGAGUGUCAUGAUCUCUUACGUCGUCUCUUGGCCCAUGAGCCAAUGGCACGCAUUAGUUUUGCGGAUUUUUUUGCCCAUCCGUUUUUAGACCUUAAAACAUUUCCCACAGAACACACGCUAAAGAAGGCCAUUGAUUUGGUUACACAGGCAUGUGAAUACGAUGAGAAGCAUAAUUACAAAGAGGCCUAUUAUCUCUACUGCAGUGCAUUGCAGUAUUUUGUACCAUUAAUAACAGAAGAAUCAGAUGCCACAAAGCGUCAGGCAUUGCGAAAUCGAGCUCUAACUUAUAUGAAACGAGCUGAGGAGAUUAAGAAUUGCAUCAUUGAGGAUGAGUACAGACAAUUGGCUGAGCGACAACAAAAGGGACCAUCCUCGUCACAAGCAGGAACAGGAGCAGCAGCACCAGCAGGAGCUGUAGGUGCAGUUGCUCAGCCGCAGACCAGCAAUGUGUGUAUUUCAGAAAUGCUGGAACCAGAUGCACUCUAUAAGCAAUUAUUUGCCUUAUCAAACUCAAGUCCGUCCUUAAAGACUGGUCUAGAAAUCGGUCGCCAGGGCGAAUUGUAUCUUUACGAACGCAAGUUGGAUGCCGCACUGGAGUCAUACACCUCAGCUCUGGGCAUACUUGUGCCAUUCGUAAAUAAUGAACCAAAGGGUGAACGACGCAAUUUGUUGCUGCAACAGUUGGAGUUUUGGAUGAAAGAGGCGGAGAGCAUUAAAAGCAUUUUGAGUACUAAACAUUUGGAUGAAGAGGAACAAAAGCUAUCUACGGUACGCAGUUGCAGCAUCCAAUAGAACAAAUCUGAAUAUUAAUUAUAUAUACAUAGAUAUACAUAUAUAGAUGACAAAAGCAAUUUAUACCUUAGACGCCUGGUGCGUCAUUUGUAGAGUAUUUUUGUAGAUCCAUUGUAGACAAUUCUUAGCUAUAUCUCUCAUCCUCACUCACAAAGUUAAAUAUUUGUAUUCUAACACGGGGCUUAUUAUUUUACAUAUUAUUUGUCCAUUUUCUCCUUUUUAAUUUGAUUUGCUUUUAUCACAUCACAAACGAUUUGUCUAUUUAAAGCUCUAUUUGAGGAGAAACACAUUCCCAGGCGGGUCGCCAUGCUUUAUGCAUAUAUAUUUAUUACUGUUUGUUGUAUUUAAUUUGAUUAAAAUUGUUUAGUAUAUACAUAUA